AUGUAUUUAACGGCCGAAACGGAUUUCGGGCUCAAUAUGCUCCGGAAUGGGCCCGUCAACGACUCUCUAGUCGUGUCGCCAAUCUCCGUGAUUUUCGCUUUGGCGAUGGUGCGAGCGGGUGCCAAGGGCCCUACGAAAUCUCAAAUUGAUUCCGUCAUCUCUAAAGGAGGGUCCGACAGGGAUAUUGAAGAGCAUUAUUCAAAGCUCUAUAACCAGAUCAUGAACGCGAAAAAGGGUGUGAAAAGCCGAAUAGCAAAUGGUUUUUUCCUAGACAAACAGUUCAAAAUAGAGAAGAAAUAUGAGCACGAUAUUCAAAAAAAUCUUCACGCCAAAGUGGAAGCUCUGGAUUUUGCCGAAGCAAAGCACUCGGCUAAGGUUAUUGACGACUUCAUAAGUAAAACAACUGAAGGAAAAUUCGGAACAUGGUCAAUGAACAAAGUGUUCAAGGUAUGUGGUUCGCCCCUCCUGAGGGAAGGGUUGUUCAAGGCAUCGCUAGCAGUCAAUCAACCCUAA